AUGGCUCCAAAUUCAGUGGCAGUGGCAAUGGAGAAGCCAGAUAACUUCUCUUUACUAGAGAUCAACGGCUCAGAUCCAUCCUCAUUCCCCGACAACAAACGAAAAUCCAUCAGCCCAAAGCAAUUCUCAUGGUUCCUCCUCCUCAAAGCUCACAGGGUCGUCUCCUGUCUCUCAUGGCUCUUCGCUUCAGUCAAAAAGCGUAUCGCUUUCUCCUCCAAGAACAUGAACGAAGAGGAAGACCCCAAAAGCAGAGGAAAACAAAUGUACAGAUUUAUCAAAGCCUGUCUCGUUAUCUCCAUAGUUGCCUUGUCCAUAGAAAUCGUCGCGCAUUACAAGAAAUGGAAUCUCGACCUCAUGAACCGACCGUCUUGGGAAGUUCGCGGGCUUGUCGAAUGGUCCUACAUGGCUUGGCUCUCGUUUCGAUCCGACUACAUAGCUCCUUUAGUCAUCACUGUCUCCAAAUUCUGCACUGUCCUCUUCUUGAUCCAGUCUCUUGACCGGUUAGUCCUUUGCCUCGGCUGCCUCUGGAUCAAACUCAAAAAGAUCGAGCCUAAGAUCAAAGACGAUGCUCUGGAUUUGGAAGACGCGUCUGAUUUCCCAAUGGUCCUUAUUCAGAUCCCAAUGUGCAAUGAACGAGAGGUGUAUGAACAAUCAAUAGGAGCAGCUUCGCAGCUUGACUGGCCAAAAGAUAGGAUCUUGAUUCAAGUUCUUGAUGAUUCAGACGAUCCAAAUUUGCAGCUUUUGAUUAAGGAAGAAGUAACGGCUUGGGCAGAGAAAGGAGUGAACAUAAUCUACAGGCAUAGGUUGAUCAGAACUGGUUACAAAGCUGGGAAUCUAAAAUCAGCAAUGACCUGUGAUUACGUCAAAGAUUACGAGUUUGUUACUAUAUUCGACGCGGAUUUUCAACCUAAUCCUGAUUUCCUCAAGAAGACUAUUCCUUAUUUCAAGGGAAAUCCAGAGCUAGGAUUGGUGCAAGCAAGGUGGUCAUUCGUGAACAAAGACGAGAAUCUCCUCACGAGGCUACAAAACAUAAACCUAUGUUUCCACUUCGAAGUAGAACAGCAAGUGAACGGAGUGUUUCUCAACUUCUUCGGUUUCAACGGAACCGCAGGAGUCUGGAGGAUCAAAGCAUUGGAAGAAUCCGGCGGGUGGCUCGAGAGAACAACAGUCGAAGACAUGGACAUCGCCGUUAGAGCUCAUCUCAACGGAUGGAAAUUCAUUUACCUCAAUGACGUUGAAGUCACUUGCGAGUUGCCUGAGUCUUAUGAAGCUUACAAGAAGCAACAACAUCGUUGGCAUUCCGGUCCUAUGCAACUUUUCCGGUUAUGCCUUCCUUCAAUCAUCAAAUCAAAGAUAUCCGUGGGGAAGAAGGCAAAUUUGAUCUUCCUCUUCUUUCUUCUAAGGAAGCUGAUUCUACCUUUUUACUCCUUCACACUCUUCUGCAUCAUACUUCCAUUAACAAUGUUCAUACCCGAAGCCGAGCUUCCAUUGUGGAUCAUCUGCUACGUUCCUAUUUUCAUUUCGCUUCUCAACAUCCUCCCAUCACCUAAAUCUUUCCCUUUCCUAAUCCCUUACCUCCUUUUCGAGAACACAAUGUCGAUAACCAAGUUCAACGCCAUGAUCUCUGGGCUGUUCCAGCUAGGAUCGGCUUACGAGUGGGUUGUGACCAAGAAAACAGGGAGAUCAUCAGAGUCAGACUUGCUAGCAUUUGCUGAAAAGGAAGAGAAGUUGCAUAGGAGAAACUCAGAGUCCGGUUUGGAGCUUCUGAGCAAGCUUAAGGAGCAAGAAAUGAAUCUUGCAGAGCAAGAAACCCCAAAGAAGAGCAUUGGAGGGCUUAGGCCGAAGAACAAGAAGAAAGGGAACAUGGUGUUCAAGAAGGAGCUCGGGCUUGCGUUCUUGCUGCUUACCGCAGCUGCAAGGAGCUUCCUAUCGGCGCAUGGUCUUCAUUUCUACUUCUUGCUGUUUCAGGGACUGUCUUUCUUGGUUGUAGGGUUGGAUUUGAUUGGAGAACAGAUCAACUAG